CUUUUAUGGUCUAUGGUUCGUCAGGAGACGUCAAAAACCUAACCCCACUUCUUUAACCUAACUUUUUACGUAACUCCAAAAACCUGUUAAAAUGUCCGAGGAAAAGAAAGAAGACGCUAAAAACAGUACAGAAAAUAAAGACGAUAAAACCAAAGACACCCCAGAAAGAUUAAAAGACGAUUGGAUGAUCAGAAAAUGUUCUUUAUAUGACGAUGAAUACAGCGAUUGUACGUCAAUUAAAGGGAGGUUUAAUCAGUAUUUUAUUUUUGGGGAUCCUUUAGACUGCACACAGUGGAAAAUAGAUUCGAAAAAUUGUUAUAAAUAUGUAGACAAUAAUGAUUUUAAAGCGGGUGAAGAGUUAAUAAAAAGUGAAAAAAAACGAAGAUUACAAAGACUAUUACCCCAUUAUGCCAAUGAUGUUUGGGAGCGAAGAAAAACCCCACCUGAAGAUUGGAAUAAACCGUUACCUGAACAUAUGUUAAAAGAAUAUGAAGCCACAUAUUUAAACGUUAAAUCCAAAGAAUUAAAAGGGGAAAUUCCACCACAAUUUGAUACUAGCUUUAAUGGAUUAAGUUGUGUAAUAUUAUGAUGUUAACCAAUGUAAAUAUGUAAAUAAAUGAUGGGUAAAUUGUAUCGUUCUUAAAAGGAAUUGACUUUAA